AUGUGCCCGUCCGGCAGGACCCUCGUGGCGGGGAUGGGGAGCGCGGCGCCGGAGCUGAAAUCGGCGUUCGACGUUCUCGACGCCGACCGCGACGGAAAGAUCAGCAGGGACGACCUCCGCCGGUUCUACGCCGGGUUCACCAACUCCGGCGAGGAGGAGGAAGAUAUGAUCGGGACGAUGAUGUCCGUCGCCGAUUCCGACAAGGACGGGUUCGUGGGGUACGAGGAAUUCGAGCGCGUCCUGGGAGGGAAUCAGAAGAGGGAGAUUUCUUCUUCUUCUUCUUCUUCUUCCUCGUCGUCGGCGGCGGGGGCAGUGAUGGCAGACGUGUUCAGGGCGAUGGACAAAGACGGGGACGGGAAGUUGAGCCACGGCGAUUUGAAGAGCUACAUGCACUCCGCUGGGUUUGACGCCAGCGACGAUGACAUCAGGGCGAUGAUCAGGCUUGGCGCAGGCGGCGGGGGAGAGAACGACGCCGUUUCGUUCGAGGAUUUGCUUAGGAUUCUGGCUGUUGAAUGUUGA